GUCCCUGUAAAGAUGUCUGAGCAGGCGGGGAGGGAGCGGAGCGGAGGACCCGAAACAAACGGACAGAACCCACGACUCUCUGCUACUUAACCGGUCAAGGCACGUCGAUGUCAUUCUAACGAACAGGUGAGAUGUCCAACGACAGCCAGGGAUCGGUGAAGGGGGAGGCCACGGCCAUGGUGCCUUCUCCCUCUGUGCCCGCCGCCGCCUCUCAGGGACCGCCCCUUUCUCCGUCCACCACCAAACCACCUGAACUUCCAGAUGAACUGGUCCAGGCUGGAUGGUCUAAGUGCUGGUCUCGAAGGGAGAAUCGACCGUAUUACUUCAACAGAUUCACCAAUCAGAGUCUGUGGGAGGUGCCGGUGCUGGGUCAGCAUGAUGUCAUCUCUGAUCCUUUAGGUCUGAACGCUGCUCCAGCAGAGGGCGGAGACGCUAACCUCGGUAACGGUCAGAGGAAGAGGAGGAUCUCUGAGGAGCAGGCGGCGGGGCCUAACAGCGUGAAACGAGCCAAGGUUGAGCCCACCACGCCCAUCUCUCCCAGCACGCCUGGGGCCAAACCCUGGAACAAUGCACCUGAAGACAAACAGGCUCCACAAGCAGCACCCACAACUCCCAGUCCGGCCCCCGCCCCCUACAGACCAGCUGUUAUCUACUGGGAUCUGGACAUCCAGACCAACGCUGUGAUCAGAGAGCACCCCCCAGCCAACCACCUGCCCCCCCACCCUGAGAUCGAACUGCAGAGAGCUCAGCUGGUCACCAAACUUCGGCAACACUACCACGAGCUGUGCCACCAGAGAGAAGGUAUCGAUCCACCGCGAGAGUCUUUCAACCGUUGGCUUCUGGAGAGAAAAGUGAUCGACAAAGGUCAGGACCCCUUGUUGCCGAGUGACUGUGACCCCGUCAUCUCGCCGUCCAUGUUCAGAGAGGUCAUGAAUGACAUUCCCAUCAGGUUGUCACGCAUUAAGUACAAAGAGGAGGCUCGGAAACUUCUGUUCAAAUAUGCUGAGGCGGCCAAGAAGAUGAUCGACUCCAGAAAUGCGAGUCCAGAGAGCAGGAAGGUGGUGAAGUGGAACGCUGAAGACACCAUGAACUGGCUGCGUCGAGAUCACUCCGCCAGCAAAGAGGACUACAUGGACCGUCUGGAGCACCUGAGACAGCAGUGUGGUCCGCACGUCACCGCCGUCGCCAAAGACUCGGUAGAAGGAAUCUGCUCAAAGAUCUACCAGCUGUCUGCUGAGUACAGCCGCCGCAUGAGACAGACACACCUGGCACUGCUGCAAGACCCCCCCACAGAGGCGAGCGAGUCCCCCCAGCAGUCCCGGUUGGUCUACUGUUACCCGGUGCGUCUGGCGAUCCCCUCGCCCCCCCUGCCUCGAGUCGAGCUGCACUUUGAGAAUGACGUGGCCUGUCUACGCUUCAAAGGAGAGAUGGUCAAAGUCAACAGGGGGCACUUCAGCAAACUGGAGCUGCUGUAUCGGUACAGCUGCAUAGACGAUCCUCGCUUUGAGAAGUUCCUGUCCAGAGUCUGGUGCCUCCUAAAGAGAUACCAGGUAAUGUUUGGCAGCGGCGCUAACGAGGGGACAGGCCUGCAGGGGGCGCUGCCGGUGCCCGUGUUUGAGGCAUUAAACCGACAGUUUGGAGUUUCCUUCGAGUGUUUUGCCUCGCCACUCAACUGUUACUUCAAACAGUUUGGCUCCGCCUUCCCUGACACCGACUGCUUCUUUGGAUCCAGAGGGCCGUUCCUGUCUUUUUGUCCCGUCAGCGGCUCGUUUGAAGCUAACCCUCCCUUCUGUGAAGAGCUGAUGGACGCCAUGGUGACGCACUUCGAGGGGCUUUUAGAAAAAUCCUCUGAGCCACUGUCCUUCAUCGUCUUUGUCCCUGAGUGGCGUGAUCCCCCGACCCCAGCUCUGACCCGCAUGGAAGCGAGUCGAUUCCUCCGUCACCAGAUGAGCGUCACCGCCUACGAACACGAGUACCGCUCGGGGGGCCAACACCUCUGCAAGAGGGAGGAGAUGUACUACCGGGCGGUUCACGGUACCGCCGUGCUCUUCCUUCAGAACGACGCUGGUUUUGCAAAGUGGGGUCCAACAGCGGAGCGCUUAGCCGAGCUGACAUCUGCAUAUCGCCCCUCGCCGUCCCGCACAACCUCGAUGUCCUCUCCUGGCCCGGCCAACACCGCACCUGGAGACAAAGACUCCCCCCCCAAGGCAGCUGACAAGACGCCGAGUGGUGUGAUCUCACCUGUUGUCCAUGACAACAACAACAACAACGGCAACAACAACAACAACAACAACAACAGCAGCAGUAGCAGCAGCAGCAGCAGCAGCAGCAGUAGCAGCAGUCCUCAAGAAAAGGUGGCUGCUGUGUAAAAGGGGUGGGGCUUAUAUUGUGUCCACGCCCCUCACAUUCAAGAGUUGUUUAAAGAUGUUUCUCUGUUUUAAAGCGUUAGUUUUUCUGAUCGUUGUCUUGUCUGCCCAAAAUGUCCCUCACCAGCGCCUGUAGCACACCUGCAGCAUCUGUCAAUUUACCCACAAUGCUGCUCUGCAAUCGCCGCCAGGAGGGGCGGGGCCAGAGCAGUCCUUUAAAACCAGAUUAAGUCAUUUACGUCGUCUAUUACAUUGUCACUGUGUCCCCCUCAUUCUGGCUCAUUCUCCUUCACAUCAGCUCCUCUGAUUGGUCGAAGCUCUGACAUCACAGCAUCUGGAGCUUUCUUUCACCUGCAGCUGAUUCAAGUACAGGUGUAGUUGCUCCUGUUGCCUAGCAACAAGCAAGGCAGCCAACAGGUUGGUGAAGUAAAUCAGCAGGUGGCGAAAUGUUGGCGCUCCAGCAAUAAAAACUUCUUAACUCGCCUGUGAUGUCAUCUGUGAUGUCACUGGACUUCUGAUUGGUCCCCACACCAACAGGGCUUGGUGAUUGGUUGAUAUGGCAGCUAUCGUUUCUAUUUGACUCGUCCUUCUUUGAGUCGUCAGACAGAGUUGGCGCUUGUCCCUCUUCAGGCGCUGCCUCCUCAGUACUCUGGCCAUUCAGACGGAUAAA